AUGUAUAAAUCAAUAAUUCAAAAUACAUUAAAAUCAUGUUCAAAAAGUUCAAAAAUAUAUAAAAAUGUUUUAGGUCAUAAUAUUGUUAAUAGAUAUUAUUCUUCAAAUAAUAAUGAUAAUGGUGCCUCACCCACAGGCUCAGAUCAUAGAGCCCAAGGAAAGGGCAAAGAGAUUGUAUUAUCAUUUGAUAAGAGCGACAUGUCACAGUUCCCAAGAACUAUAAAUAAGGUUAAUAAAAAAUAUCCAAUAACAGAGUUUGAAAAAUAUUUACAAGAUGUUACAAAAGUUAAGGGACCAAUGUCAGUCGAUACUUUUAUUAGAGAGGUUUUAACCAACCCAAAAUUUGGAUAUUAUAUGAAUAGAGAUGUUUUUGGUAAGGGUGGUGAUUUUGUUACAGCACCAGAAAUUUCGAAUUUAUUCGGUGAAAUAUUGGGUAUUUGGUGUGUUGCAACAUGGGAACAAAUGGGUAGACCUAAAAAGUUAAAUAUCGUCGAAAUGGGUCCAGGUAGAGGAACUUUGAUGAAGGAUAUUUUAAGAAGCACCAAAGUAUUUAAAGAUUUUUAUUCAGCAAUUUCAGUAUACAUGUUAGAAGCAAGUCCAGCAUUAAAGAAAAUUCAAAAAGAGAAACUAUUAUAUUUUAAAGACCCAGCCAUUAAUUUUGACGAUAAAACUGUUGGUAAAACACCAGAAGGUGUUAAAAUAACAUGGGUUUCAAGAUUAGACGAUGUUCCAGAUACUACACCAACAUUAUUCCUUGCCCAAGAGUUUUAUGAUGCAUUGCCAAUCCAUGUUUUCAGAUUUUCAAAAGAUUUAAAUACAUGGUGCGAAGUUUUGGUCGAUGAGGAUAUUACUGCAUCAAACGAUUAUCAUCUUCGUUUCGUCCAAUCAAGAGGUUCCACAGCAAUGGCAACUGCAGUCAAAAAUUACUUACCAGAGUUUGGUAUCGAUGGUUAUCAAGUUGAGUUGGGUGUAGCAGGUUUAGCAAUUUCACAAUUGAUAAGUAAACGUAUCGAAAAAAGUGGAGGCGCAGCUUUAAUUAUCGAUUAUGGUUAUGAUAAAAUCGUAAAGAACAGUCUUCAAGCUAUUAGAAAUCACGAGUUUGUAGAAUUACUCGACAAACCAGGUUCAGCUGAUCUUUCAGUUUGGGUCGAUUUCCAAACCCUCAGAAGAUGUGUUAAAAUGAUGAAAAAUAAAACAACUGCUAUUGGACCUGUAGACCAAGGAAUAUUUUUAAAGGAAUGUGGUAUUGAGCCAAGAUUAAUGAAUCUUUUGGAUAAAUUGGACAGUAAAGAAAAAAUGGAAGAAUUAAUUUUAGGUUAUAAGAGAUUAGUCGAUCCUGCUGAAAUGGGUACCACUUAUAAAGUUAUAACAAUUUGCGAUAAAAGCAUUGUACCAGUUGGUUUUUCAACAGCAAAAUCUUACGAUGAUGAAGAUUUAAUGUUAGAUAAAUAA